CCGGGUGGAUGGACACAAACUCAAUUCAAAAAGUCAGACGAGAGAGUGAAUAAAAAAGAUGACCUCCCCGAACGAAAACAACAACAAUCCGUCCCCCGACCCGGACGACAAUUACGUUUACACGUGGAGGGAGCCCCCUGAAGAGGAGGAAGGGACGAGCAGGCAAUUGGCGGAUCUGCCCUCGUCUUUCUUUCAGUUCUUUCAGCAUUCUACUCAGAGGCAAACACAGGAUUGUUUUGGUGGGAUUUCUGGAGUGGAGGAGGCUGGGAAUAGCUCUUCUGCACCGCCAGCAGCAACGGAAUCAGAAUCGACGAGCAGUGGAAGCACGAGUAAAAGUUCAUCAGAUUUAGAAGAGGACUUCAUCGAGGGGGAUUUUGUCGAGAAUAAUCUUCCGCAAUUAGGUCAGCCAGCGUCAGUUCAACCUCCAUCACCAAUUUCAUCAUUACCACCACAUCCACGCCAGGCGUAUCUCGACUCUCUCAAUGCUUCCACCCCACCACUAAUAACCCCACCACCACCUCACCUAAUCUGGACCCUUGAACAAGCCCGCAAACUCACCACCUCAACCACCUCCCAAUUCGGCCCCUCCUCCUGCGGCCUAACCUCCCUCACCCACAUCCUCACCUCUCUCCACCACCCUCUCCCCUCCCCAGCCACUCUACUUUCACUGCUCCCCCCCUCGCUCCGCUCCAGUGACCCCACCACCACCCCGCUCCACACCUACCUCAUCUCCCGCUCCCGUGCCGGAACGACCCAUUCACAAAUAAUCACCGCCAUCCAAACUCUAACCAAUAACAAAAUAGUGGGAAAAUUCUUCCCCCUCAAUCACCACACCACCAACCCGUCCAAACUCCUCACCACCCUCGCCACCUGGAUCGACGCUGGCUGCGCUCCAUUGGCCACGCUGAACCCGCAGAAAAUCUCAACCCUCGCCGACGCUUGGCAUCACCAGAUGAUUUAUGGCGUGGACGCCAACACCGUUUUACUCACGAAUCCGCUGGAGAAAAUUCCCAUUGAUGAGUUCCUACCACAAAUCACUUCAGAGUCGGUUCUACUUAUUAAAAGAGAGGACGUGCUCAAGUUCCAUCAGCAGAAUUACGAUUUAAGAUUACUCACGAGGAUCGGGCAGGAGUGGAACGAGAUGAACGUGUUGGGAACCGUGUCCCACAUGCUCCACGAGGAGGAGUCCCCCCACUCCACCACCACCACGAUAAAGAAAACCCCACACCUCCCCAUCCCAGCCGAGUACACGGCCGGGAUUUCCGUCUUCUGCUCCUGGGAUAAUCCAUUCCGAGAGAGUUUAUUCAAUUUUGUGAUUUAGAUUUAUUUACAAAGAGAAAAUUAAUAAAAUUAACAAUCCGUUCCACUUA